UUUUUUUUUUUUUUUUAUCUCGUAAAUCCAAUGUCCGACGAGUACAAUCCGUUUGCGGCCGAGGCCAGCGAGCCAGCGCCCGCACCCGCCGCCGCCGCGCCCAAGAACUACUUUGCUGACACCAACACGGCCGUCGUCAAGAAGAAGAAGGAGAAGCCCGCGCCCGCCACCUACGACUCAUCGGCCACCACAAGCACCGCAGGCACAACCUCGUCGUCGUUCGGCAGCAGCAGCUACUCGUCCACCUACGGCGGCGGCUCGCAAUCCGAAGUCGAGCAACUCCGCUCGGCUCUGCGUCUGCGCGACGAGGAAGUGCUCAAGCAACGCGCAGAGAUUGACAAGCUCAAGUCAGACCACGCCAAGGAACUCGUGGUUGCAUCGCGCAAGCCAAACUUCCCCUUCUUCUACCCGAUCGUGUACAUUUCGAUCGCCCACGACAUGCCCGAGCAGACCAUGCGCAACCAGAUUCGCCUUGCCUUGACUCUGUGGUUCUUUAUGAUGGCGGCGUUCAUUUGGGGAUUCCUCUCUGUCAUGAUCCCGUUCUUUGACGGCGACGCGCUCAACAAGUCCGCCGGCUGGGACAACGACACUGCCGCCUUCUUCCUCGCCUUGAUCUGGAUGCUGGCUGGUGUCCCGCUCUCCUUCUACUUUUGGUUUUUCCGUUUGUACACCCUCCACCGCGAUCUUGGCGCCGACAAGACCCCUGGCGUCUCGUACUUUUUCUGGUUCUUCCACGGUCUUGUCAACUUCCUCUGGUGCUGCAUCUACGCGAUUGGGCCCCCGCAAAUCCCCGGCAUGGCUGGCUUUGUCGUUGCCGUGAACAUUUUCAACGCAAGUGAGGACAGCAACAAGCUGUACGCCACCUUCAUUGUGAUUUCUGGCGUCAUCUGGACUGUUUGCGCCGGCUUCUCCCUGCUCUUCCUCCUCUGGAUUGUCAGGUGGUACCGCUCCUCUGGUGGCCGCGCUCCUAAUCAGCGUGAUAUUCAGCGUGGUGUUGUCCAGGCCGCCAUCGACAGCGAAUCUGCCCCGAUUCUCUCCAAGUAAAAAUUUUGGUGGUUGCUGCUCAGGCUGCCAACAACAACCAUUCUUGUUUGAUUGCAAUCUCUUUUUCCCCCCCCCCAUUCUGUUCUGUGUGAUAUCUGUGUGUAUGCUCGUUUUUUUGGUGUGUUGCGUUGCGUUGCUUCUUGGCGGUUGAGGUCAAGAUUAUCGAAUGCUGUGCAUUUUUGACGUGAUUCUCGUCUUCCCCUCAUUACAACCAACAUCUUUUUUUGACCUUUGAGCCUUUUUGACCAACCUAUCAUGCAAUUGCGAUGAAUCGGGUUGAUGCUGAAUCGCGUUG